AUGCGCCCCGACUCUCCUCGCCCUACAACUUCAGGCCCGGACUCAGGCCCGGAACCCCCGUUUCCCAUCCGUCUCUCAGGCCCGGUAAUCAAGGGUUUUGGCCGAGGAAGUAAAGAGCUAGGAAUCCCCACCGCCAACAUCCCAGCCGACGACGAAAACCUCUCCUCGAUUCUCCCCGCAGACCUGAACGUAGGCGUAUACUACGGCGUGGUUGCGCUGGAUCCGGCCACAUCGACGACGACGACGAACGUGGUGGCCUCCUCGACUGCGCCGCGCAUCCUCCCGGCGGUUUUGAGCAUCGGGUAUAAUCCGUUUUAUCGCAAUGAGCGGCGUUCGGUGGAAAUCCACAUCCUCCCCCCGCUCUCCUCCUCCCCCUCCGGAACAACCGAGAACCCCGCCGCCGACAACCCCCGCGACGACUCGGAGACAACCAGCGCGAAAGUGAAAUUCAACAAGCUGCCCGAUUUCUACGGGGCCACGCUCAACCUGCUCAUGCUGGGGUAUAUCCGGCCGGAAUACGACUACGUGUCGCUGGAGGCUCUGGUCGAGGAUAUCCGGGUGGACUGCGAAGUUGCGCGGCGGAGUCUGAUGCGGUCUGCGUAUCGGGUUUAUUUGGGAGAGGAAGACGACUCUACGGGGACGGAGCAGGAGCAGGAGCAGAUACAGAGGGAGAAGGCGUGGUUGAGGAGGUUCUAA